AAAAAAUGUUUACGCAAAAACUAAAUUACUUACGAUUCAUUGUUUCUGUUAUAAAAAGUUGAAUGGUACAGAUAUAUUGAGUUUUGAAGUGUCUCCGGCGCCUAAUCAGACAGCUGCGCUAUUCCUCCUGAUGCCCAUUUAUGUAACGCAACAUUUAUCAUUCCCUUGGGAAUUUGUCACGUCUCUGUUUUGGAAGCGUUAUCCGAAUCCAUACGCGAAACAUGUAUUAUCUGAAGACGUUUUGGAAAGAAAAUUCUUACCGGACGGAAAGUUAUACACCAAACGGUUAGUAAUUAAGAAGAUAUCAAAAAGAAUUCCAUUUUGGUUGCUGAAAUUCAUUCCAAAUGGUCAGGUUUCAGUUGUUGAAGAGUCAAUCAUUGACAUUAAGGCCAAGCGGAUUGAUGUCGUAUCGAAGAACUUUGGUUCACAUAAAAAGUAUCUGUCUGUUAAGGAGUACUGUUCCCUAUUUCCGUCAGAAGGUGACCGUUCAACAACAACUUUUUCACGCAUACUUUCACUUGAAUCCAAUGUGAAAAGCUUUUUACGCUCAGCCCUCAUAAAAACAUCCCACUCGUACUACAGUUCUUCGUCUAAUGAUACAUAUUUAGGAUAUAUACAUGUAUGCAAUAUGUACAGAAACACUCUACAUCCUCAGAAGUCAUCUUCACUAACAAACGAUACAACUAAAAGUUCUGUACGGGCUGGCAGUGUAUAUGGGACACGAGAAUUCACGUCUUCUAAGCUACCUCGAAUAGUUAUGGCCGAUUCUGGUUCGCGUGAAUAAACAAAAAAAGAAAAGAAAGCAGAAAAAGAUCUGUACUGAGCUUAGUUAUUUUCUUCUUUUUCUUGUAGCUAAAGUUUCCCCCCUAUAGGAUUUAUUAUUUUCUAUUAUUGUUGAAAGUGCCGAAUAUAAGUGCGUUGAUGCAUUUUUGCGUGCGUUUUACUCACCAAAAUUUUUCUACUAUCCAACUACUACAUGCUAUCCUAGAGAAUUCAACAAUAAACAAAUAUUAAAGUUUUGUCUUUCAUUUCAAUGUUUCUCCUCUGUUGUGUUCACCUUUUAUAAAUUUAUUUAAACGAAUGAUAAUCAGUUUUAUGCUGCUGUCUCAGGUUCUCGUAUUUUGUAAAUAUUGUGAGGAUGCUUGUACUUUAUGUUAAUCGUGGUGUACUUCCAAAGACCUAAGUGUAAAAGUAUUGAUAGUUGUUGUGGAUCAGCAAAUCAGAUUGUAAUUUGUUUUGAAACUGUUACCUUCUGGACACAUUUGAAAAGAAGUACAAAUAUCAACCUAUUGAAUGCUCUUUCCGUGAAUAAAUAGGAAGUAACAAUAAAGAACAGUGUGGUUUUCAGGGAUUUAUGUAUACUUUGAAGCUUUAAUUAUCUGACACUGUCAGGUAGUUUUCAGUUUGUCUAUCUGUCUGUUUUCGACAUAGAACUUUGCACAAAUGUGCGGCAGUUCAAGUCGCCACACUCCCUCCUUGUAGUACACAAAGCAACAGAAGAAAGUAGAAGAAAUGCAUAUUAGAGACAGUAAACAGAGGUGUAAAACAAAGGAAUAGUAAUAACGAAGAACAAUACAGUUUCAUUGGAAGUCACAAGUCGCAAGGAGUGGAUGCAUCUGCUCCAGCCAUUGAGAACGAUUUUGAGCCAUUGGUUUUUACCGUCCCGAGGAUCCCAACCAGGAAGUUUGUGUUGGUUUAGGUAACAGUAAGAGACGGUAAAUGAUUGAUAGUGCAUAUAUUAUAUUCGUUAGUGUGCAUCAGUGGAACGGCGGUUAGGACGCUCGCUCACCAUGUACAUGGUCUGGGGUUUGAUUCCCGGUCGACUCACUUCCUUACCUCGCUAAGGAAGUAAUAAAAUUGGCAAAGAGGGAAGGUUGGGCAUGAGGCUAGCAACUCCAUCCUGUAAAAAUAAACACUGCUACAGGAACUAGCUUGAAGCUCUAUGUUCCAUUGGGAACGUGAAGGAAUAAAAAAACUAUAUUCGAUUGUAACAACAGAAGACAAGGGCCAGGCAACAGAUCCUUUAUUAAGGAAAUCAGCACGUAUUUAUAUAUAUUUUCGUGUAUAUUAUUGUAGAUUAUUUAAGCAAGCAAACACAGUCUUCUGACUGGUUGUUUCUCACAGAAAGCUAACCUUGCAUCUCUUUGUGGCUGUUUCUUGAAUGUCAGACCAUCUAUAUGUUAACUGCAUCCGCCUACGCAAAUUCGGUUGUGGUUGGUUUUGAAUCAGUCUUUGUUCAUAUUUUCUCACGACCAAUAUUGAGGACGCAAACAUUGACGUAAAUUACUGUCUACGAAUUUGGCUAGUAGACAGCUGUUACCACACAAUGAGUCGACGGAUUCCAUCUGGAUUAAUGUGUUAAGGUACAUAGUUACUUUCGCUUACACAUUGUUAUCGAUCAUUGAUAAUAGAUGAGAUUUAUUUGGUUAGUUGUGGUCCAGUUUUUCAUUUUCGAAUCCUGCCGUAACAUUGGCAGAAAGAUGUUUGGAAGCCGUGGAUUUCUCACCCAUACGCCUUCAAAAUACCGUCAAAUGUGUUUUGUUUCAAGUAAACAUCAGGGUUGAAAUGUUAACAUGAGAUUUCAAUGAAACAGAAUGUUAGUGCUUUCUCUAUAGUGUACAACUCAGACAAUAAAAUAGUAUUGAUAUUGAAUUCAUAUCUCAUAAUGUAUUUGACUUCACAUGGCAUUCAAAUCCACGAACCCACUUGAAAACCAAAUAACGUUAGUUAAGUGGUUCUGUGAAUCCCAGUGGAUAAACUUUGCAACAAUCGUGAAAUCAAAGUAGUAAGGCAGAACCAAUCCGAUUUGCGAAGCACAAAAACAUGGCAAAAUCUAGUCUAGAUGACAAUACUCAAACAAGAAAUCUGGAGGAAAGCUCGAUUACAGCACCACAUGUAGUUUCAACCAACCAUACAAUAAGAUGUAACAGAGUGACAUUGCUAAUAUCGCAAGGUGAAAGAAGAUUGAUAACUGAAGCUUUAUCUGAGGAGUCAGGCGAGAAUACAUGCGAUAGGAAUGAUUCAUCAUCUGUCCCCGAUAUCCGGAAAGUUUUGCUAUCCUAGUGGGCCAUUGAAGCAGGAAAACAAGAACUGUUAAAAUUGGGUUUCGAGACGUUAUCCAUUUCGUAAUCCGUUACUGUGUGAUAUAUCCAGUAAGCAAAAGUAAUGGGGGAUAAAUUUUUCUGCUUCAUUAGUACUUAAAACUAACAUUUGUGUUACGAUUUGAACUACUGUCCUUAUGUUCGGAGUUCUAAGCCGAAAAAUUCAGUUAAAACUACUGCUUUGAAUCUAGUUCUAGCAGUAUGAGUAGUUUUAGUUUGUUCUACACGAGGAAAAGAAAACAUCAGAAGCCUAGACUGGACUAGACAAUAACUGUACUGAGGUAUCAGUUUGAUUUUUGAGCUGAAAGGAAAUGAUUACGUGUAAUUUUAACUUAAAGACAUUUGAUUCAUUCCAAUUUUCCAAUAUUGGUUUGUAAGAAUUUUGUUUGAUUGGUUGAAGGAUUUCAUCAUGAGCUGACGUCGGUUAGUGAACUAUUGGAAGACCUGCCAGGGAGUACUGGACAGCUGUUUCGUCCAAGUUUGGGUGCGUACCGACGAAGAGUCCCGAACUAGUACGAAACAGCUAUCCAUUUUACUCUGGCAGGUUUUCCAAUGGUUCUCAUGAUGAAAUUCUCCAACCAAUUUCCAUUUGACUACACAAAUGCUGUUUCGACUAAGGUAACGGAGUUUGUUCAAUAGUGAGUGGCUCGUGUGCGUCGGUGGUACAGCCGUAGAAUGCUCGCCGACCACGCAUGUGAUCCGGAGUUCGAUCCCCGGCCGACUCACUCCUUUACCUCGCUAAGCCAGUGAUAAAAACGCUAGUAGAGAGGAAAGGUCGGGCAUGAGGCUAGCAGCCCCAUUCUGUAAAAAUAAACACUGCUACAGAAACUUCAAGUCUCUAGCCUGAAGCCCUAUGUUCCACUGGGAAUGUGAAGGAAUGAAAAAGAAGAAUAAGUCAUACUUAUUGUAUUGAGGCUGAUGGCUCUAACGUGAUCUCACAACCUUCAGUAGAUGGGUUUCAAUUACAACCGGUUUUCUGGUUCUCGCCUUACUUAUUGACAAUGUUAAAACAGCUAGACUAAUAUCUUUAGUAGUGUGUAAUAUAGACCUCAGCUCUCCCCACUAUCAUUUUUUAUAAUUCAACCAGUGUGUUGUAUUCCAUUGGCUUAUGACUGGUAAAAUGAUAUGAUUAUCAUUCCAGCCAGAAAAAAUAUUUUCUUCAUUUUAAACCAUCACGUCCACCUUGUUGUAAGUAUUACCUUGAGAUUAUAACGAAGGCUUUACUAGUUGAUGUGAAAAUAAUUCACCAUUCCACUUGAUAUAGCGUACCGAAAUAGUAAAGCUUUCAAGUUGAUUAAUCUAGCGUAUUUAUUUGCAGUAAAGGUAACAGGAUUAAUGAGAGCUAAUCUAAUGCAUACUAGCAGAAAAUAGUGUCCAUUAUAAAGUUAUGGAUUGCACAGUGGUUUCACAAUUUGCAAACAAUAUCCUUUCGGUAUUAGGCAUCUUUUGGUCAUUCUUGUAUUUCGCUUAGCAAGGUUCUUCUCAUUAUUGUUGCCUUUUCAAUGGUUUUCCUAUCGGCUUAAAUUAUCAAUACUUUUCUAUGGACGUCAUUGUAAGUGCCAUCUGAACUAGACUAAAGUUUAGCGACCCUAUUGAAGGACCAGUCGAGUAACCUUUGCCAAUCAAAUGUGUUCUUUGAUUAGGAGAUUCUACAGAAAGCAAAUUAAGUAAUGUAAAAUAAUUAGGGCUAGAUGGUAGUCCCUUAUAUCUUCUAUAGAUGUCUCCCAGUACUACACUGGUGUUCUUAGUGUUAGUUCAAACAAAUUUCCGUAUAUGAAUUCAUUAAGAUAACUGUGCAUCAUGUAGUUUCGUGAUCCAUUUAUUGCUCAAAUCAAGUACACUUUGAAUCGUUCUGAGGGAUUGGUGUACAUGCUGAGGAGUCGAUCGACACAGUGGUUAGGACUCUCGCCGACCAUGCACAUGGUCCGGGGUUCGAGCCCACGCCGGCGCACACUUGAUAUCUAUGGUUGGCCUGCAAAAUUUGGGCUACCGAUAUCCAUGCUGAAAAUUCCAUACUUGUACCAAAAAUACAGUGUGGAAUCAAGCUGUACAUC